AUGAACAUCGACGGCACUAGCCCUGGUAUCUUUUCGACCUUGGAUCUUCCGACAGAAUCUCAAAGAAUGCAGAGGGAAGAUACUUAUAGGGUGUUAUUGUCAACGAAUAAUGAGGGAGGAGAUGGGAAUGCAACUUCUGAUGAAAAUAAGGCUGAACCAACUGAGAACAAGGCUGAGGAGCCUGUACAGCAGCAGGAGCCACCUCCAAUCGAAGAGCCUCCGGCGAGUCGUAUUCCUACGUAUGAUGAGUUUGCUAGGUUCAAGGAUUCUAGUAGACCUCCUGAUAGUCAUUACCCUCCAGGCCCUGGCCCAGGAUAUAGGCGAUCACGUUCUGCUGAGAGCUCUAGGUGUAAUCAUUUGUUAGUAUACUGCAGUUUGUUUUUUAUCUUUAUAUUUUUUAGAUUGUAA